AUUUAUAUUUCCAGGCUUCAACAAUCGAUGGAAGAAGAAAAGGCGCGUGCUUAUUUUGCCAGGAGUAUUUUAUGGAUCUGUAUCUUCUCGCGGAAUUAAAAACAAUCUCCUUAAAAGUAACGACAGUUGACAUGCAAAAGCCCCCUCCAGACUUUCGCACCAACUUCCAGGCGACUCCGCCGCCCAUUUUGAUCGACGGAGGCGACGCCAUUUUGGAGAACGAGAAAAUUGAGCGACAUAUUAUGAAGAAUAUUCCCGGGGGACAUAAUCUUUUCAUCCAGGACAAAGAAGUCGCUACUCUUGUGGAAAAUCUCUUCAGUAAACUAAAGCUGCUGUUACUUAACGCAAAGGAGAAGGACAAGGACCCAAAAUCGUCUUCUUUAAUGGCCCAUUUACGGAAAAUAGAUGAGCACUUGGGCCGCAAGGGGACGCGUUUUCUCACAGGUGACACCAUGUGUUGCUUCGAUUGCGAGCUGAUGCCCCGCUUGCAGCACAUCCGGGUGGCAGGAAAGUACUUCGCUGACUUUGAAAUUCCCGAGACAUUAGUGCAUCUGUGGCGAUACAUGCAUCACAUGUACAGACUCGAUGCAUUCUUGCAGAGCUGUCCCGCAGAUCAGGAUAUUAUUAAUCAUUAUAAGCUGCAACAGAGCAUGAAGAUGAAAAAACACGAGGAACUCGAGACUCCGACUUUCACCACGAGCAUCCCCAUUGAGGUCAACGACGACUAA